GCCUCAAAUUGCCUUUCUUCAGUCACUGAAAGUGAAGUCAUUCGGUGCCUGAAUUUACUCAUCUUAAACGGACUGCCGGUACGAGUUAGGCAAUCUUAACAGCAGUCGUACAUAUAUUGUAAUGUUUGAUGGCAGUGGCACAAAACAAAAGACCGGCAGUUUGCAAGAAUGAAAAGAAGAUGUGCUAUCUUACACUGGUUAAGAUGCAAGUUCUAUGUGUUUGUUGUGUCACUGUUUGUUGUGCUGAAGCUGGUUUACAGAACUAUUUCAGUGGAUGACAGUAUCUACAUUGAGCCCUAUGGAGCUAAACAAAGAUUACUCAGACCUCAGCCUCUGAAUGGCAUUAACUGCACAGCCAUUUAUGAACUGGAACCAGUGGAAAUUGGGAAGUCGUUAGAGAUAAGACGCAAAAAUAUUGUGGAAGUUGAUGAUAAGAGUAUUGUUUCUUUCACUGCAGACUGCAAAAACUACAUCGAAAAAAGGGGCUAUAAUGACAUCUUUGUAACUGAUGAGGAGUGCAGCUUUCCAAUUGCAUACUCUUUGGUGGUGCACAAGAACAGUGCAAUGGUGGAAAGGAUUCUUCGAGCCAUUUACACACCUCAAAAUAUUUACUGCAUUCAUUAUGACCAAAAGUCAUCGGAAGAUUUUAUUGCAGCAUUGAAGAAUUUGGAGAAAUGUUUUCCAAAUGUCUUCAUAGCAUCUAAAAUCGAGUCUGUUCAGUAUGCACACAUUACAAGACUUAAUGCAGAUCUCAACUGCCUUACAGACCUGCUGAGUUCACAGGUCAAAUGGAAGUAUGCUAUCAAUUUGUGUGGCCAAGACUUCCCGCUGAAGUCCAAUUAUGAGCUGGUGACUGAGCUCAGGAAACUGAAUGGUGCGAACAUGCUCGAAUCAAGCAGGCCCAGUGAAGUGAAAAGGCAGCGGUUUCAGUUUCAGCAUGAAUUGAAAGAUGUGUCAUAUGAAUACCAGAAGAUGCCCGUUAAAACCUCCAAUCCUAAAGACCCACCGCCGCAUGACAUUGAGAUGUUUGUUGGGAGUGCCUACUUUGUGUUGACACGGGAUUUUGUGACGUACAUUAUGAACAAUCAACUGGCGAAGGAUUUUCUGCAGUGGUCAGCUGACACUUAUUCUCCUGAUGAGCACUUUUGGGCAACCAUGGCUAGAGUGCCUGGAGUUCCUGGGGAGUUACCAAGAUCUGAGCCAGACGUGUCAGAUAUAAAGAGUAGGACACGUUUGGUUAAAUGGAAAUAUCUUGAAAUCCGUUUGUAUCCACAGUGCACUGGCGCACACAGACGCAGUGUCUGCAUCUACGGUGCAGCAGAGCUCCGCUGGCUUCUGGAGGACGGCCACUGGUUUGCAAACAAGUUUGAUCCCAAAGUUGACCCCGUCAUUAUUAAGUGUCUUGAAGAGAAACUUGAGGAGAAACAGCGUCAACAAUGCCCCAAAAGGGUGUCUUAAAAUGGGACUUUUCUUUUUUAGCUGUAUUUUUGGUCAAAAUAUGUAUGUCUGCUGCUGCACGUAUG